UAUUUAUUAAACUACUAUAAGCGAUUCCCUCUCUGCUCUCCUGUGCGACGGAUUCGGAUGCUCUUGUUCAUGUAAACGCAUAACACAGAGUUGUAUCUGUUUGAGAAUGAGAACGAAAUAAACGCACUCGGAACCCAGGACUGGCAUGGAGACAGGUACCAUGAAGUUGACGGUAGCCGUGCUGUACGCAGUGCUCUCCGUUGCUGUUGCUACAAUUGAAGCCCCUGGGGAGUUUGUGUCCCUGGCCGAGAUGGAGGACGCACUGCUGAGGAACCUGUUUCGGGGGUACCAGAAGUGGGUCCGGCCCGUGCUGCACGCCAACGAUACCAUCACCGUCCGCUUCGGGCUCAAGAUCUCCCAACUGGUGGACGUGGAUGAGAAGAAUCAGCUGAUGACCACCAAUGUCUGGCUUUGGCAGGAGUGGAUUGAUUAUAAACUGCGCUGGAACCCUGAGGACUAUGGAGGAAUCACGUCCAUAAGAGUCCCCUCUGAGACCAUCUGGCUGCCAGACAUUGUGUUGUACGAGAAUGCAGACGGGCGGUUCGAGGGCUCCCUGAUGACCAAGGCCAUCGUCAAGUCCAACGGCACCAUCAUGUGGACGCCCCCGGCCAGCUACAAGUCCUCGUGCACCAUGGACGUCACCUUCUUCCCCUUCGACCGGCAGAACUGCUCAAUGAAGUUUGGCUCCUGGACCUAUGACGGCAACAUGGUGGACCUGGUGCUGGUGGACGACUACGUGGACCGCAAGGACUUCUUCGACAACGGCGAGUGGGAGAUCCUAAAUGCCACAGGCAUGAAGGGCAGCCGGCGGGACGGGCUCUACUCCUACCCUUUCGUCACCUACUCCUUCAUCCUGAAGCGCCUGCCGCUCUUCUACACCCUCUUCCUCAUCAUCCCCUGCCUGGGCCUCUCCUUCCUCACCGUGCUGGUCUUCUACCUGCCCUCCGACGAGGGCGAGAAGCUCUCCCUCUCCACCUCCGUCCUGGUGUCGCUCACCGUCUUCCUGCUGGUCAUCGAGGAGAUCAUCCCCUCCUCCUCCAAGGUCAUCCCGCUUAUCGGCGAGUACCUGCUCUUCAUCAUGAUCUUCGUCACCUUCUCCAUCAUCGUCACCGUCUUCGUCAUCAACGUGCACCACCGCUCGUCCGCCACCUACCACCCCAUGGCGCCCUGGGUGAAGAGCCUCUUCCUGCAGAGGCUGCCGAAGCUCCUGUGCAUGCGCGGCCACACCGACCGCUACCGCUACGCGGACAUCGAGCUGCGCAGCCCCGAGCUCAAGACGCAGGGCAGGAGGCAGCAGCAGCAGAGGCUGCCGGCGGACAAGGAGGAAGAGAACCUGGCCUGGAUGGCCAUGCUGGAGAAGGCCACCAACUCGGUGCGCUACAUUUCCCGGCACAUCAGGAAGGAGCACUUCAUCAGGGAGGUGGUCCAGGACUGGAAGUUUGUGGCCCAGGUGCUGGACCGGAUCUUCCUGUGGGCCUUCCUCACCGUGUCCAUACUGGGCACCAUCCUCAUCUUCACACCUGCACUACAGAUGUAUCUGAGCACUCCUCCCUAAGUCCCACCCACUACCACACCCCCUUUCUCGUGACCCCACC